AUGAAGAACAUGAGAAAUGAUCGUCUAUCCGGUACUCCUUGGGAUAAUGUAAAAACGUUAAAAAAUUGUCAAGUAGAUUUAUUAUGUUCUUAUGAUUUACACAAAGGAGUAGAACAUAAACUAAUAUCAUUCGCUUUAAAUUUAUUGUGCGUAAGUAAAAAGUAUGAACUAAUAUUUAUUAGCUACGGUCAAUAUAUUUAUGUUUAUGAAAUGAAUAAGUUUAUAAAUAAUAGUCAUUUUUUUAUGGAUAAAAAUGAAAAUAAUAAAUAUAAAUUUCAAUAUUAUUUUAAUAAUGAAGAAAUUAAAAAAAAUAAUUCCGUUUUUAAAAAUAUGAAUAAAAUAUCAUAUAUAUAUGAAGAAUUGAAAAAAGAAUUUUACUUAAAAAAGAUGAAUAUACCAUGUCCUUCUUUAAUACUUUCUCCACAUUUAUAUUCUAAAGGAUAUGUUAAUAUAAAAUGUGAAGAAAAUGAAGCAAUGAAUAAAAGUAUAUUAAUUUCAGUUGGAUGGUCAGAAGAUACUAAUGUAUAUUAUGUCGAAAAAAUUGUUGAAUCUAUUAAUACAAAACAGAAAAUAAAAAAUGUUUUGGAAAAUAAUAUAUAUGAUUUUUUUCAAAAAUAUGAAAAUAUUUAUAAUGACGAAUAUAUUACAUCUCCCCUUUUUUCCAAUAUUUCCAAGGAUCCGUAUUAUUUUUUAAAAAAGUUAAAAAUUGACGAACACCAUUUUCUACUUAAUAUUUUAUAUAAUUAUAAUAAUAAUAAUAAUAAUAAUAAUAAUAAUAAUAAUUAUAAUUAUAAUAAUGAUAGUAUUAUUCAACCAUAUAAUAAUCAUUAUUUGAAUUCUAAGUCGAAGAAUAAGUUAGACACACUUAUGUGUAACCCCUUUAUCAUAAAUGAAGAAUAUUUAGCUAAUUACUCCAACGAUAUUGUUGAUAUGAUUAAAUUUUCAAAAAUUAGUAACUAUUUUGAUUAUUCAAAAAAUAAAAUUAAAGAAAAGAGGAAUAUGCUAUUUUAUAAAUAUCAUGAAAAUAGGAAAAGGAAAGCCUUAUCCUUAGUAUCUAAAGAAAAGAAAAAAAAGAAGAAGAAAAAAAAAAAAUUAGACAAUUCUAAUGAUAAAAUAGAUCAAAUUAUAAAUGUUGAAACAAUUAAUAAUUUUCCUAAUAAUAUAGAACAUACUGAUCAAAAUAAUAAAAUAUAUGAUAUUCAUGACGGUGAUAUUAUGGAUCCAAAUAGUGAUGACGACAUUAUUAAUCACAUACAAAAUGAUAUUGUUAAUAAUGACCAUCUUGGUGAUGGUAAUAUGAACCAUGUUAAUAACUCCAAUGAGCGAAAAAAGAAAAAAAAAGUAAACAUUAUGGAAAAUCAUACAUAUAAUGAGAAAGAAAAGAAGCGACAAAAAAUUGAUAUUUUAAAAAUAAAAAAAAACAACAUGUAUAAUGAAGAUAUUUCUAAAACCAGUCACACGAGUGUACUGAAAAUGGAAAACGAUAAAAUGUAUAAUGGAAUGGAUGAAACCCAUAGGGAAAAAAAAAAAGAAAAAUGUAUAAAGAGAAAAAAACAAAAAUGCAAGUUUAGGAUUAGUGAUAUUUAUAGUAGUCUUGAGAGUGAAGAGGAGGAAUUAGAAGAAGAAUUGAGAGAUGAAGAAAAACAUGAUGAAAAACAUAAUGAAAAUAAAAAUAAUGAUAAAAAUAAUAUAUCAUGUAAGGAUUUGAAAAACUCAAAAAUGAAGAAAAGGAAAAAAAUAAGAAUUAAAAGAAAUUACAAAAGUACAUAUAAAAAACUACAUUGUAACAAUUAUUUAGAUUAUGGUGAAAAAGAAAUAGACCAAUUAGAUUUUUAUAAUAAACUUCGUAAGAAGGUUUAUAUAGGAUAUAAUUUAAGAAAUAAUUUAGAACUAAAUGAAAAAAAUGAUUAUAUAAAUACAUUCAGAAUGAAAAAUCAUUUUAUAAAUGAAUAUAUGAAAUCAUCUUCGGAUGAUGAAAUAAAUGAUAAUAAUAUUAAUGAAGAGAAUUUUUCAUUAAAUUUAAAUGAUACUAAUAUGGAUAUGAUUGAUAGGAAAGAGGAGAAGAAUAGGUUCUAUACUCGAGAUUAUUCUUCUAGCGAUACUUCAAAUUAUUAUCCUAUCCAUAGUCAUGAUGAUAAUUACUAUGAUAGUUAUCACAACGUUAAUACUUAUAAUCUUCAUCGUAAAAAGUAUCAUUAUAAGCCAUUUGAAAAUAUAAAAAAAUUUAAAAACAAAAAUCCAUAUUUUUAUCCUCAAAGAAAGUAUGAAAUACAUGUUAAAGAAUAUAAAGGUAAGAAUAAAAAAAGACAACUAAAACGUUUAAAUAAAAAUAUAAAAAAUUAUAUGUUAUAUACAAAACAACUUAAUAAAUUAAAAGAAGAGAGAAAAGCAUUUAUUAAUUUCUGUAAAUCAUAUAUAAAAAAUAAAUAUUAUAAUGAUUAUAGUAGACGAUUAGAAACUUUUUUGGAUCCAUAUAAUAAAAUAAAGUAUCAUAAUAUAUGGAAAGGUUUUAAUAUCUUUACAUUUAAUUUAUUUAAUGUUGAUUAUAAUGAUAAAAUUUUGAAAUCCGUACAAAUAUAUAUACAACCAGAUAUUGUAUUUAAUAAUAAAAUGUAUAUAAAAUCAGAUACUUCUACAUGGGCCAUAUCAUUUAAUUUCAAAAAAAAUUUACUAGCCAUUGGAUCAAAUACGCAUAAUAUACAUAUAUAUAAUUUGAACAAUUUUUAUUAUUUUAGAAAAAGAUAUGAUUAUGAUGAAGCAAUAGAUUAUUUUAGAAAUAUGUUUAUACAUAAUAAUAUAAGAGUAGGAGAACUCUUUGAAAACGACAAAGGUUGUGCAUUUUUAUAUGAAGAUAUAUAUUAUAGAAAUGUUUCUCAAAAUAAUUCACCUAAUGAUAAUAAUAGAGUACAGGAUUAUAAUGAAAAAGAACAAAAUAUAUUACAUGAAUAUAUUGAAACGAAAGAAAACAAAAUGAAAAAUAAAAAUUUAUCUCAUGACUGUAGAAAAGGAAAGAAAUCUGUAUUACCAGCAGAUAAUAUAAUAAGUAAUAUUCUUAUAAGAAAAACUACAAUUCCUGUUGAUUUAUCACUUUUUUUUAUUUUUAGAAAAGAAUAUUUGAAAUCUGUACUUAUAACAAUAUCACAAAAUUUUCCAGUAGAUUCUCUGCUCUUAAUUUUAAAACAAGCAUACAUAGGAAAGGAAUUUUAUAACAUACAAUGGGAUAUAUAUUAUAAUAUGAAGAAAUUUAUGUUGAAAAUUAAAAAGAUGUAUUCUAACAUAUUUCUUAGAAGAUGUAAUGUUCCUUUAAAUUUAUUUCAUAGUAAUACACUACAAGUAAAUUCUCAUAAUUUGCUAAAAAAUGGGUAUAUAAAAUCUUUAUAUCAAUAUUUUCUUUUGUAUUCCCAUUAUGAAGAUGCGUAUAAUAAAUAUAAUAUUACAAACGAACAGAUAAAAAAAGGAAAAAAGAACAAUAUAAGAAAAAAAAAAUUGAAAACCUUAUUAAACACAUAUCAUGGUAUGAAUAAAAAUUCAUUGAAUGUUAUAUGUAAGAAAUAUGAUAAUCUUCGUAUGUAUGCUGAACAUGCAAAGGAUUUUUUAUCACAAUAUAUAUAUAAUAAUAAAAGCAAGAAUGAUAAUGAAUUAAUUUUAUUUAAUGAUGAUUUAUUUAUACAAAAUAGUAGUGAUGAAGAAAUUAUGAAUGAUAACAAUAUAAUAUAUACAAAAUAUAAAAAUUAUAGUUUAUUAAGAAUAGAAAAAUGUUAUGCAGACUAUGCAUUUUCUAAAUUAUGUCGUAUGAAUAAUAAUAAUAAUAAUAAUAUUAAUAAAGUUUCUUCUUUUUUUGAAAAAAAAUGUUUAUUUAGCCGCUCUUAUAUAUAUUGUUAUAGAAAAGCUAACAUCGUUUUAAAAAAAAUUUCUAAUUGUUUUAGAAAUUUUAUUAAAGCAAGACAUAAUAAUAAUUUUUCUUUUAAACAUCAAUUAUUUUCAAAUGAUGAUGCAAUAUUUAUAAUUCAAUUUGGAAACGAAAUAAAAAAGAAGAAAAAAAAGAAAGUAUGUAAAAUAUCGAGAAAUUAUAAACAGGCUCCCUUAAAAUAUAUCAAAGAAUUAAAAAGGGUAAUUAAAUAUAUACAAAUUAAUAAUAUGUCACCAAAUGAUUUACGUUUAUGUUCAAGAAAUUAUAUAAAUAUAAAUAAUAAUGAAAAAGAAUUUUACAAAAAUAAAAUAUUAGUAAUUUGUGAAUUAAGAGAUCAUAAUAAUAAUUUGUUAGAUAUUAUACAUUUAUCAAAUGGUUUGAAAGAAGAAUAUAGUGAUUUAUUAGAAGCGAAUGCAUCGUAUAAAUUAUUAAAUUAUCAGGGUUUUUCCCGUUCCAUUGAAUAUGAUGAUGAUAAUGUAGAUGAUGAUAAUGUAGAUGAUGAUAAUGUAGAUGAUGAUAAUGUAGAUGCUGAUAAUGGAGAUGCCGAUAAUGUAGAUGCUGAUAAUGGAGAUGCCGAUAAUGUAGAUGCUGAUAAUGUAGAUGUUGAUAAUGUAGAUGUUGAUAAUGGAGAUACCGAUAAUGCAAAUGUUGAUAAUGCAAAUGUUGAUAAUGUUGUAAAUGUUGAUAAUGUUGUAAAUGUUGAUAAUGUAGAUGUUAAUAAUGAAGGUGAUAAUAAUAUUAGUGUUAAUAAUGUUGAUGCUCUUUAUAAUAUUGGUGUUCAUGAUGAUGACGAUGAUGAUGACGAUGAUGAUGAUGAUGACGAUGAUGAUGACGAUUAUGAUGAUGACGACUAUGAUGAUGACGACGAUGAUGAUGAUGACGAUGAUAAUUACAAACGAAAAAAUAAUUUCCGAAUAUUUAAAAGAAGGUACUUAAAUAAAAACAAUUAUCUUUUAGAAAAAAAAAGAAAGGAACUAACAAGUACGAGUUUAAUGAAGGAAAAUCAUCUAAGUGGAAUUAUAAAUAAUACUAUAGAUAUGGAAAUGAAUUAUAUGACAUAUUAUAAAGGACAUAUGAAUAAAUUAAAAAAAGAUAAAAGGAGAAGUAAUAAGGAUAUAUUUGUAAGAAACUAUAACACAUCAUAUGAUAUUAAUGAUGAAUCUUUCUCUUAUUCAUCCUUAUCAUGUUCUUCAUCAUCAUUUUCUUAUGAUGAUAACAAUAUGAUGGAUAAUAAUUUACCUUAUAAAACAAAUUAUUCAUUUGUCAAUAUCCCUAUUGCUCAUGGAGUACCAUAUACUAAUACACCAUUAAAUAAUAGUUCUUUACAAAGACAUAAUACAAUUUUAAGAAAUCGAAUAAAUUCUAGUAUGGAAAAUAGUAGUAAUAAUAAUAAUAAUAAUAAUACUAUACCUAGUACUCAACAUUUUAGACUUUUCAUUAAUAAUCCUUUAUCAAACAAUUUAACUGCUGUAGAAAGUAAUGUACCUAAUCGUAGAAGUAAUAGUGUAGGCCAUAAUUUGUAUACAUAUAUAAAUAAUAUGUUAUAUAAUCCUAAUAAUACCUUGAAUUUUAAUAGAGAUAUGAAUGUAGUUAAUAUGAUGGGACGUACCUGUGACAUAAGUCGUAUAGGAAAUACAAGAAAUACGAAUGCUCAGAAUUAUCAAAAUAAUAUGGAUAAUAGCAAUGCCGAUUGUAAUAAUGAAAACCAGACCAUGAAUGAACAAAAUGAAGGAUAUUAUUUAAAUGUUGAAGUUAUUCCUGGAUCAAUGCCCUUACAAGAUAAUGUUCAAAAUGGUCAAGAUGUAAAUGUUCAAAAUGGUCAAGAUGUAAAUGUUCAAAAUGGUCAAGAUGUAAAUGUUCAAAAUGGUCAAGAUGUAAAUGUUCAAAAUGGUCAAGAUGUAAAUGUUCAAAAUGGUCAAGAUGUAAAUGUUCAAAAUGGUCAAGAUGUAAAUGAUCAAAAUAACAAAGAUUUAAAUGAUCAAAAUAAUAAAGAUAUAAAUGAUCAAAAUGAUAAAGAUGUAAAUGAUCAAAAUAAUAAAGAUAUAAAUGAUCAAAAUGAACUUCAUGCCAAUGUUGUAAGUUCAAAUGCUCAAAACACCAAUACUGAUAAUUCAAAUAAUAAUAUUAUUAAUGACCUUAUAAAUAUAAGACACACAAAUGAACAAAAUAAUGUUAACAAUAUGAACCAAAAUAAUAAUAAUAAUAAUUCGGAUAAUAUAAAUAUGAUUAGUAAUAUUAGUAAUGAGAUGCGAAAUGUUCCUAAUACCAAUCGUCAACCUUUAGAUAUUGAAUACCGAUUUUUAGAUAUGAUAUAUAAUAAUAUUUUAAAUUCAAGGAAUGAACGAAGAAAUAUAACUACUUCCUUAAAUACAAGAAAUACACCGUUUAAUAGAAAUAAUGUUAUUAUAGCACGAAGAAAUAAUUUAUCAAAUAUUCCAACGCAGGAUAUAUCAGAAGACAUGAUACGUAAUAUGAUAGCGAUUAGCAUUGGAAAUAUGGAUAUAUUAAAUGAAAAAAAAACCUUAAAUAAUUUUGAAAAAGGAAUUGCUAAAAAUUCCAAUUCAAAAAUUAAUAAAAAAAGAAUGAUAUUUAAUUUAAUUCCUUUGAAUUGGAAAAAUGUUUGUACAAAAAAGAAAUACAAUGUUAAGAUUAAAUAUAUUUAUACCUUGUCUGAAUGUGCCGAUAAAAUAUUACAGAAGUAUAAAAAGAAUGAUCAACUGGAUUUGGAUUUUGUUGUUAUAUGUGAGGGGUUAUAUGAACAAAGUAUGCAAAAUACACAAAAGGGAAAUGAAAAUAAGAUACAAGAUGAUAUAAGAGGAGAGAAUAAAAUAGAAAAUGAUGAAAUGAAAGACCACAAAAAAGAUUAUAAUAUAAUAGAAAAUGAUGAAAUGAAAGACCACAAAAUAGAUGAUAAUAUAAAAAAAAAUGAUGAAUUGAAAGACCACAAAAUAGAUGAUAAUAUAAAACAAAAUGAUGAAUUGAAAGACCACAAAAUAGAUGAUAAUAUAAAACAAAAUGAUGAAAUGAAAGACCACAAUAUAGAUGAUAAUAUAAAACAAAAUGAUGAAAUGAAAGACCACAAUAUAGAUGAUAAUAUAAACGAAAAUGAUAAUAUCAAAGAAGAACAAAAUUUAGAACCUCAAAGAACACUUAUAAAAAUUAAUAAAGAAGAUGAUAUAAAGGAUGAUAAAAAAAAAAAUGAAGAAUUUCAACAAAAUAUAGAAGAAUAUUUUUGUAGCAAAAAUAAUGAAUCAUCCGAGAAUAAUUUAAAUAAUUCAUAUGCAUGUUCCAUGGAACUAAAUAAUAAUAAGACAAAUGAUAAUAAUUGUAUAUAUGAUGAAAAUAUUAGAUAUAAUGAAACGGAAAAGGAAAAUAUAAAAAAUACCAUACCAGGAAAAGAGAACCAAAUAAAUACAAUAAUGUUAGAUAAAGAAUAUAAUAAUAGUAUAAUUGAGAAUAAGGAAAAUAUUUCAUCUAAAUCUAGUACAUAUGAUAUGUAUGAUUCUUAUUCUAUUUCUUCAAAUGGUUCUUCUGACAGUAAUUUGUCUAGUGAUAUGAAUGAAUUUAAUUUUUUUUCAUCGAGUGAAGAAUGUUCGGAAUGUGAAUAUAAUACUUUGUGCUUACAUAAUAGUAGUAAUAUAAAUUCCUAUUCAGUAUAUAAAUUUUUAAAAAAGGAUAAUUCUAUAUUGUUUGUUAAUAAUUGUAAUGUAAAGAUUAAAGGAGGUGAAGGAAUUAUAAAAGAAUACCGUUUAAAAGGGUAUAAGGGGAAUAAAAAUAUUAACAUAAAAAAUAUGCAUUCUCGUAAUAAAAAUAAAAAAUAUAAUAGAAAAACUAAACUUAUACCUUUAAAAAUAAAUGAUAUGAAAUACAAAUAUAUAGUAAAUGAAAGUAAUGAUAUAUUUAUUUCUGAACCUGUUUUUAGUAUAAAAUCGAAAUAUCUUGAAAAAAUUUUAUUACAAGAAGGUUAUUACAAAUUUGAAGAAAAUGAAAUGAAUGAAAUUAAAUAUGUAAAUGAAAGAAUAACCAAAGGAGAUACAUAUAUAAAUACCAAAGAUAUAAUAACUUCAUUUAAUUCGGACGAAAAAAAGGAUCAAAACAUUUAUUGUAGUAAUAUGAAAUAUAAUGAAGGAAAGAAUAAUAUUAAUGAGAAUACAAAUGAGAAUGUUAAUUCAUGUAAUAGUCUUGUUAAUAUGAAAAAUUUUGGAGAUGAAAAAAAAGAAAUGAUUGAUAUAAGUGUAUUACCAAAAAAAAUAUUCAAUUAUAAUAUAAGUGCAUUUAUACAAUAUAUGAGUAAGAAAGUAUGCAAUUAUUUAUUUGAUGAACAUCAUUUGAAAUAUUUUAAUAAUGUUAGUAAAAAGAAACGAAAUUUCUUUAUAGAUAACGUAUAUAAAAAGAAAAAUAUAUAUGAAGGUACCAAAUGGAAUAGUGAUAUUUAUUGGACAUUAUCAAAUGUGAGUUUUUAUACAGCUGAUUGGUAUGAUAUAUUGUAUAGAUUAUUUUUUGAUGCAUCCUCUAGAUUUUAUGAAAUGUUAUUAAAACAUCAUACUCAUAAUAUUCCUUGUAUUAAAUUUUCUCCUGAUGAUAAUUUCUUGUUAUCUUGUUCGGUUGAUAAAAGUAUAAGUUUAUGGUAUCCUAAUAAUGUGAAGAAUGAUAAACUAGAAAAUAAUUAUAAUAUUUAUGAUAAUUUGUUUCCAUAUUAUAAAAAUGAAAAAAAAAAAAAUUCUAAAAAAAUGACAAAACAUAAUAAAACUUCCUCUUCUUAUAAUGAUAACUUUAAUCAUAUUUUUCAACUAUUAGAUGGUUCAUAUGAAACUUAUGAUAUUUUUAUGGAUGAUAAUAAUUUGAUGUGUAAUAACAUAAUCGAAAUGAAUAUAAACAAAAACAUAGUGAAGGUGAAAAAUCAAAUGAAAAAGAAAAAGAAAUGUAGUUUUGAAAAAUUAUAUAACGAAACCAAAAGGUGGUAUAUAAAUAAAGAGAAAGAAUUAGUUGAACAGAAAAGAAGUAAUAUAUUAUGUAAACAACAAUUAAAACAUAUGGGUUGGAGUGGAGAUUUUAUUAUAAAAAAGAAUGUUAAAAAAAUGGAUUUCUUUGUAGAUAUAUUUUUUAAUACUCCUUCAAACAUAUAUAAAGAUAAUUUUAUUUGUUCACAAUAUUUUCCUUACACGAAUAAACCUUUAAAUAACUUUUUAAACAUUUUUGAAAAAUAUUCAUUAUUUGAACUCUUUAAAUUAUCCUUUUUGAAUAUCCAAAGAAAAGAUCAAAAAAUUGGGAACAUACCAUAUAAUACAAACAUUAGUAACUUGGUCAAUUAUCUUUUAAAAAUGAAUAGUAAAAAGUUGAAGUAUAUGAAAGAAAACAAUAUUGAUAAUAUCGUAAAUCUCUUAACUGAAGGAGAGUUGUGUAUUAAUAGAAAAAAUAAAGCAAAUAAUGAAAAGGUAGGGGGAAAAGAUUAUAUGAAUAAUGAACACAAAGAAGAAAGAAGGAAGGAUAAAAGGAAAAUCUUAAAACGGAUUUAUGUAGCUAUGAAAUACGCGUGUAGACAUAUGUUAAAAAAAUAUCUUUUAUUUAAACCUAAUAAUUAUAAAGAAAAAAAUUAUAAUACAAAAAAAAAUAUGAUAUCAUCAGAAGAAAUAUUUUUAAAUAAUAAUAAGGUACCCUUAUUAACAGAUUAUGAUUUUAAUUUUUCGAGUGAUACUGAUGAUGAACAUAUAUGUUAUAAAAAAAAAAAUAAAAGCAAAGAUAUUAAUAAUAAUAAAUUACCAGAUUCAUUUACCUAUGAACACAACGAUUUAAAAAAAAAAUUUCAUAAUUUACAUUAUCAACAAAAUAUCUCAGAUGAAGAAAAGAGUUCUUCUUCAAAUGAUGAAUUUUCCUCAUCAUCUUUUCAUUAUAUAAGUAGUAGUACGAGAACAUAUAGGGAAGGUAAAAAUCUUAGUAAAGAUAUAAACGAAUCUGAUGAAGAAUAUAUAAAAAAGAAAAAAAUUAAAGAAUCCUUAUUUUAUAAAUAUAUAAAUAAAAUAAGACGUGAAUUUAAUUCAAAUUAUGUAUUAUAUAGAAAUGAAAAAAAUGUUAUGUUAAAAAAUAAAUGGAUGUACUUUUUACAAAAAUUAUUAAAUCAAUAUGUACACAUGAAAUGUUUUAAAAAGGUUUAUGCACAUAUUAAAAAUAAAUUAUUACUAAAUGCUAUAAGGAAAUAUAAAAAACACAAUAGUCAUAAGUUGUAUUUUAAUUUUCAUGUAACUACAAAUUAUAAGGAAUCCAAAAUAUUAAAGGAAGUACUUAAAAAUUAUUCAACAUAUUUUGAUAAAACGAAGAAAACAAAAAUUGACAAUAAUAAAAAUGAUUAUAACAUGGUUAACAAAAAAUUCAAGUCCUAUUUAAGGUUAAUAAAAAAAGAAAAACUUUUUAAAAAAAAAGCACGAGGAGAACAAAAAUUAAAUAAUCAAAAUGUAUUUGAACGAUUAUGUGAACAUAUUAAUAAUAAUAAUAAUAAUAAUAAUAGUAAUAGUAAGAGUAAUAAUUGUGAUAAUAAUAAUUAUUGCUAUAAUGAUGAUAGAGGAUAUACCCUUAUAUUAAAAAAUAAUGUUUCAAAUUUUCACAAUAUUAUACAUAAUAUAAUAAAUAUAUCAAAUCAUAAUAAAAUAAUUAAACAUUGUAAAUAUUUAAAAAAAUACCAUCGACAUGAUAAUAAUCAAAAUAUUCGUUUAUGCAAGAAAAAAAAUUCAAAAAAUCAUGAAAACAACCAUAUGGAAGAAUAUAAUUUGUAUAGAGAAAAAUUAUGUACUGAUCAUGAAAAAAAAAAAAAAAAUAAUAAUACAUUUAAUAAUAUGUUCAAUGAUUUCAAUAAGGAUAUAAGAAAGGGUAUUACCUUUUAUUCAACAUCAGAUUCAUUAAAUUCUGAUAUAAAUGAGUUUUCGUAUAAAGGAAAAGUAAAAAGAAUGAUUAAAAGAAAAAAGAAAAUAAAAAAAUUAUAUGUAUCAUUAUCAUCAAAAAAAGAAAAAACAAAUUUGUAUAAUAAUAAUAAUAAUAAUAAUAUGGAAGACACGUUUAUGAUUAAAAAAGAUAAUAUUUAUAUUGGUAAGAAAAAGAUAGGGGAUAAUAAUCAUUCAUAUAGAAAUGUAACAUUACAUAAACAUGAUGAAAAAAAUAAUAAUAUUAAUUAUAAUAGAUUCCAUUCUUUUAAUAAUGUAAGAUGCUUGAAAAAGGAAAAUAUUAAAGAAAAUAUUUUAAUGAAAGAAAAUAAAAAAUUUAACAUAUGUUUCUUAAAUUUAAAUAAAGGUAAUUAUCAAAUUAAUUAUUUUUCCAAUAUUGGUAUAAUGAAAAAAUUUUAUAAAUUUUGUGGUAAAGGAUUAAUUCUGGUGAAUGUACAAUAUAUAAAAAAUGAUACUGAAAAAGGAAAAAAAGAAAAUAUACAUAUUAAAAAUAAUAUAAAGAAUCUUAAUGUAAAAGAAAAUGUAGAUGUUUUGAAUAAAAGACAUAAAAAAAAUAUCAUUUUUCAAACAGACAUAUAUAUAUGUAGUACAUAUAAGGGUAAUAAAAAUAUAAAAAAAAAGAAAUCCAGAACUAUCAUUUUUAUAAUAAAAGUGAAAGUAGAAGAACUAAAAAUAUACUUAUGGAGAAAGAAAAUAUUUGAAGAGAAAUAUAUCCAUAAUUCUUUUUAUAUUCAUGCGAAAGUUGUACAAAUAAUUUAUUUCCUUACCUUACAAAAUUGUAAAAUAUAUUCAUCACACAAUAAUAUUAAUAAUAAUAAUAAUAAUAAUAAUAAUAAUAAUAAUAAUAAUAACAAUAAUAAUAAUAAAAAGAAUCAAACAGAAAUUCUUAAUAUUCAUAACUACAAUGUUAAUUAUAAUAUGGAUUACUCAAAUAUUGAUGAAAAGAGCAAACAAAAAUUACUUAAAUAUUAUUUAUCAAAUGACGAAUAUAUGUUUUUUCAAUUUUUAACAUCAAAUCUGUUCGAAAAAAAUAAUAGGCAUAAAAAUAUAAAGCCAAAAGAAAUAUAUAAAAACAUAAUAAAAAUCAGAAAUUAUAUAUUUAAUGUAAAGGAAGAUGAUAAAUAUGAACAAUAUAUGAAUCUAUUAUCAACCUGUGAUGAAACAAAUACAGAAAUUUUUAAAGAUCUAUAUAAUCAAUGUAGAAAUAAUAAAUAUCAAAAUAUAUCUUUUAAUAUAUUCUUUUCAUUGUUAUCAAAUUAUAAAAAAAAUAUACUUAUGCUUAAUAUAUCUACUUUAAGAUUUUUAUAUUCACAUAUGAAAAGUGAAUAUACCAUUAAUACGAAUCAAGAAAAAAAAUCCCAAAAGAAAAAAAAAAGUUCCAAAAAAAAAAAAAAACACAAAAAAAACAUAUGUUGUAUAAAUAAAGAUAAUUAUAUUUAUAAUAACAUUAUAAAUAAAGAACAAAAAAAAGAAUUGAAUAAAUAUUUAAUAAUAUCUGCAGAUAAAUGCAACAUAUAUCUAUUGAAAUUUAAAUUUACAAAAAUCACUAGGAAUUUAUUUACUACCAAAUUUCUUCCUUUAUCUAUUCAGAAAAUACCAAAAGAAGAAUAUGAAACUUUUAAACAAGCAUUUGCAACAUCCCGUAUUAGUUUGUUAAAAAUUAUAUAUGAAAGAUCAUGUAUAAUACUGGCCAAUCAAUAUAGUAAUAAAAUAUUUAUUUAUUUUGUGCAAAAAUGUAUGUAUACAAAUACGUACUUUUUAAUACCAUAUUUUAUUCUUCCAUUAUAUACUUUGUCUAUAGGGAAAAAACUUACUCCGAAUUUUAAUAGGGAUAAAUUAAAUUGUCAUAAGAAAUAUAUAAUAAAUAACGUAAAUUAUAAUUUGAAAAGAUUAUUAGAUGGUAAAUCAUUAGAAGAAUCGAAAGAUAAUGAUUUUUUUAUUGCAGGGCUUGAUGUCAUUUAUGUUAAUAAAAGGGAUAAUACAUUUGAAUUGACGGUUUAUGUACUUUUAUUAAGUAACAUUAUUUUUUGUUACAAAGUAAAUUUUGAAUAUUACUAA